GCAUAGAAACCAAAAAAAUGGCCUACAUGUCAAUGAGGUCUCCUCUCUUCCCCUUUGCCAUUGUUAUUGCCUUGGCUCUUGCCCCAUGUUCAUAUGGGCUGAACCAACCAACAAGACAAUCUUCUAGUUUAGCCUCCACAUCCACCACACUGAACUACCAUGGAGGCCCUCUCUUGUCCACACCGGGCAGCAUCAACAUCUACCUCGUGUGGUAUGGAACCUUUCCUCCACAAGAAAUGGCCCCAAUCCAUGAUUUCUUUGCUUCCCUUGGUUCCUCUGGGGGUCAGCAAAAGCCCGCGGUCGCAACAUGGUGGAGCACAAUCUUGGCGUACAAAGACAAGGCUGGGAAGCCAGUCUCUGGCAGAGUCCGGGUUGCUGCAUUUCAUGAGGACAAAACAUGUUCUCUAGGGAAGAAUAUCAAACGCCCCCAAAUAGCAAACUAUGUGAAGAAAAUGAUGGACACCCAAGUGUUCCCCUUUGAUUCUAAUGGUGUGUACCUGUUUUUGACUGCUAAAGACGUAGUUGUAGAGCGGUUUUGCUCAGGAUCCUGCGGUUUUCAUGAGAACAUGGUUGUUUCCCCGAGGGGAAGAGUAGUGUAUGCACAUGUUGGAGACCCUGGGACGCAGUGCCCAGGUCUUUGUGCUUGGCCUUAUGCCAUUCCCGCCUAUGGUCCACCAGGCAACCCGCUUGUGUCACCUAAUGGGGUCGGCAUCGAUGGCAUGAUAAUGAACAUCGCCACCAUUCUUGCCGGAGCUGCCACUAAUCCUUUUAAGACUGGGUAUUUUCAAGGCAAUGCACUGGCACCACUCGAGGCUGUCACAGCAUGUCCCGGAAUAUUUGGUCCUGGAGCUUAUCCAGGAUAUCCCGGAGAGUUGAUUGUGGACAAAUUGACCAAGGCAAGCUAUAAUGCUUAUGGGGCUAAUGGCAAGAAAUUUCUACUUCCUGCAAUCUGGGACCUAAAAGGUUUGAACUGCAAGGCUCUUGCUUGACUUGGACACUGAAGGAGUGAUUAAUAGUUACAUUAAAGCAUAUGCAGGGUUGUUAAAGAGUGCUAGGUGUGGCAUGAAGACGAGUGGCAUAGAUAGUAGUCCUUGUGCAUGUUCUAUAUAUGCUAUGAAAUUAGCAAGUGCAUCAAAAAAAGAGAAGAUUGAUAAGUGGUGUUAUAGUAAAGGAAAAUUGUAAUCAGAAGCAUUCAUUUAAUAAGAAGCAUAAACAGAUUGUGAUCUCACCAAAAAACUGGUUAGAAACUUGGAAUUGGCUCAGAAAUUAUCUUCAAGAUGGCUGAGAAGUAGCACGACUCCUUGUAAACCA